AUGUUAUAAAAUUAACCUUUUUCUGAGUAUAUAUAAUUAAUACCAAGUAGAAUUUUUAUUCUCAUUCUUAUAUCAUUUUUAGAUUUUAGAGUUCGACUGAUCAAUGCUAAAGUCUGGCAAGGGAUCUUUUUACCAUUUGGGUCUAUGGUGUUUUUGUUUAUAUACUUUCGUAUGCACUUUUUGAAAACUAUUCUUCUCCAGGUGGAUGCAUAACUUUUAUUUUUUGGUUCAAAAUAUUACAUUGUUUAAGUUCAAUUUCCUUUCUUGUUAAAUUUUAAAAUGAGGAGGUCUUGUGCACCUUCAAUGCUAAAAGUGCGGGAAAUCGAAAAACGUAGAAAAAUUGAUAAACUAUUUGAAAAAGAUGAGCACGGAGAUGAUGAAAUAAGUUCGACCUCUCUGAAUGAAGAAAGUUGGGGCACAUCGAGGAAUAGAAGCACUCAAUUCGAAGAGCGAACAACCAAAGAGAAUAAUUCCAAAAUUAUUUUCAAUGUGGUCUGGCGCGAAAUAACGAAAAAGAAGCAUAAAACAUGGGACGGAGAUGGUUUACUAGAAGUUCAACUGAACCCCCCCCGGGCUGUUCUUAAGGAUAGCACCGGGAGGUAUAUGGGUACUAAUACAAAGUUUGAAAAUGAUAAUUUGGAAGAAGGAUAUCAAAUGAUUGUAGGAGGCAAAGAGAUUGAAUUGCUGGAACAAAUAACCGAUGGUGACCAAUACUUUGCUAUAAAAAAACAAUAUGCUGAGGAUCGUUGGAAUUCUGAGGAGAAAGUGCAAAGUAAGGAAGCGAGCAAAAUGUUGAAGAUAUCUACACUAUUCCAAACCCCAUGCAAUCUGAAGAAUGAUAUAUUAAAUGAUAAAAUCAAUCAAACUAAUAACGUUCAAGAUAAUAAGUUAGCUGUGACUAGGAAGUUAUCAUUUAAUGUCGUUUGGCGCGAAAAAACCACUAAGAAAAAUAAGAUCUGGAAUGGAGAUGGAGUAUUUGAUGUUGAUUCUCAUGUCAAGAGAGGUGUACUAAAAGAUGAAAAAGGGCAGGAGUUGGGUAUAGAGGAAAACGUUAACUUGUCUGAUUUGGUGCCAGGAUCCAUAUUGUUGAUAGAAGAUAAGGAAAUUGAGAUAUUAGAAGUGGCGACCAACAAUCAUCCCCAAAAAUUAAACGAAGACAAAACAAAUAUAUUCACAAAACGUGAAAACAGGCGGAUCACAAAAACCAACGGCUUCAUUUUACCUUCUCCUCCUGAAAAUUAUAUUGGUGAUUUAAAUCCUGCAAAUCUACCCAUUCAUCCGGUGGAAGUCUCAUACAGACUAGCCCAACUUUUACGCCCACAUCAAAAAGAUGGCGUAUCAUUUCUUUAUAAAUGCGUUAUGGGUUUUUACAAUCCAAAAUAUCGUGGAUGCAUUCUUGCCGAUGAAAUGGGGUUGGGAAAAACUCUGCAAUGCCUAACACUUGCGCACACAUUAUUAAAAGGAGGACCUUAUGGCGGUGAAAGAGAAUUACAUCGAGUUCUUAUUGCCACUCCCAGUAGUCUGACACGUAAUUGGGAAAACGAAGUGAAUAAAUGGUUGAAAUGUGAACGUAUGUAUGCUUAUGUAGUAGGAGGAAAGCAAAAGUUGUGUUCUUAUUCUAAGCAACAACAUGUUCCAUUUGUAAUUGCUUCUUAUGAAUUUCUGCUUGCAAAUGUUGCUGAAUUCCAGUCCUUAAAAUUCGACAUGCUAGUUUGCGAUGAAGGUCAUCGAUUGAAAAAUGAAUCAACUAAAGUAGUAGCUGCCCUUCGUGAGCUGAAUAUUCCACGUCGAGUAAUAAUAACUGGAACACCCGUGCAAAACGAUUUGCGCGAAUUCUACUCACUAGUAGAAUUUGUUAAUCCAGGCAUAUUUGGCAAUUAUGAAGAAUUUCAUUUGCAUUUCGAGAUUCCUUUGCAACAGAGCCAAAGCCCUGAAGCUUCUACGGAUGUAAGGAAUUUAGCUGCUGAACGCACCAGGGAGCUUAUACAGAUCUCUGAGACGUUUAUGCUUCGACGAUUACAAAACGUGAAUGGGCAAUACUUGCCGAGAAAGUAUGAGUAUAUUUGCUUCGUUCAACCAUCGGAACUUCAACAAUUCUUGUUGCAAAAAGCUCUUCAUCUAUAUACACAACGUAAGGAAACAAUUUUGAAAGAUUUAACCCCAUUGCAAAUAAUUACCGUUUUGAAAAAGAUUUGCAACCAUCCUUCCUUGGUCGCACGUACAAAAACACCGAAUCUACUGACUCGCACUUUAGAGCGCUGUUUGCCAGAUUGUACGGAAAUGGGACCCUUCGAUUCGUCGAAAUUAGACCUGGUGCAACAUUUCCUUAUUGCCUCAGCAAUACAAAAUGGAGAAAAGUGUGUGCUAGUUUCAAAUCAUACCAAAACGCUAAACAUGCUACAAGGUUUAUGUGAUUUUCUGAAUAUAAAAUGCUUACGGUUUGAUGGUUCCACCAGUGUAGGAGAAAGGAAUGAUAAUGUCGAAAAGUUCAACAGCGAUUCAGAUGACUCUCUAGUGUUUUUACUUAGCGCAAAAGCUGGUGGCGUUGGUCUCAAUUUGAUAGGCGCAUCAAGGUUAAUACUUUUCGAUAAUGACUGGAAUCCCGCUAUUGAUGCACAAGCAAUAUCACGUAUAUGGCGUGAUGGUCAGACCAGGGAUGUACACAUCUAUCGACUGGUAACAGCUGGUUGUAUUGAAGAGAAAAUAUUUCAAAGGCAGACAGCGAAGUUAUCCCUGGGUGAUUGUGUAAUACAAAAUAUUGCAAAGAAUAAUGAAGAUAUCAUGAAGUUUUCAGCUGAGGAUCUGUCGAAUUUGUUCUGUUUGCAAGAAGAUUAUUCGAUAUGUCAAACUCACGAAAAUUUAAAUUGCAAUUGCAAUGGUGAUGGAGAGAACUUGACAUUGGAAACACAAAGAAGCAAUCGCAACAUAAAUGCAUUAACAAAUUGGAAACAUUACAAGGCACCUUUUGACACAUAUUUCUUGGAGGCCGCUUGCCUGGAAAAUGCUAGCGACAAUCUCAUGUUCAUUUUUGGCAGUCAGACUGAAUAGGUUUAUGUUGUAAAUAUUUAAUUUAAUUUUGAUAUUGUAUUAUUUUAUGGCGAAUAAUAAGUUCGACAUUAUGUGAAUCAA